AUGGUCUCCAGAGACCUCAUCCAGGGAAUCUGCUUCCUCUCCCAGACAGCAGUGGGACUCGUUGGGAACUCCUUCCUCCUCACGGUCCAUGUCUUCCUGCUCCCCCAGCUCCAUCAGCCCAAGCCCACAGACCUAAUCGUCUCCCACUUGGCCUUGGUCCACACUGUGAUGCUCCUCACCAGGGUUGUCACGGUGACGGUAUCAGCCCUCAGUCUGCGGCAGCUCCAGACCGACGUCGGGUGUAAGAUGUUCGCCUUUGUCUACCGCGCUACGCGUGGUGUCUCCAUGGGCACCACCAGUCUUCUCAGUGCGACCCAAGCCAUUACCAUUGGUCCCAGCCACCCAUCCUGGACCCGGCUCAAAGCCCAGAUGUCCAAGCGCAUCUUCCCUGCCUGUGUCUGGUUCAUCAACAUGCUGGUGGAAGCCAACCUCCUCGUGAAGAUGGUUUUGUCCCCCAACGUGACCAGCAGAGGGAACAGUUUCCAUGACAACUAUUGUGUGGUGUCCAGGAUCAACACAUACCUCAGCGCUCUGCUCCAGGGGCCCCUCCUGACCCUUAUGACGGCAAUCCUCUCCCUGGGGCUCAUGGGAGGUUCCAGUGGCUACAUGGUCCUCCUCCUCCUCCGACAUAGCCAGAGGGUCCACCGUCUCCAUGGCCACCACCCGACAUCCAGGACCUCGCCGGAGACCCGGGCCACCCAAACCAUCCUGCUCCUGGUGAGCUGCUUCAUGGUCUUUUAUUCUGGAGACUUUGUCCUUUCCCUCUUCCUUGGGACGAUGCUGAGAAAUAAUUCCUUCCUCUUGGUCAUUUCACAGUUCGUGGUCAGUGGUUACCCCACCAUCAGCCCCUUCGUGCUGCUCAACAGUCACCGCCAGGUCACCAAACUCCUGGGUUCCUUUUUAGGGAAAAAAGACCCCAUCCCUUAAAAGACUCCAUUGCUGUGAUGGAGAAUUAUCUCCUCCCUUGGAAAUAAUUCAACAUGAAAGAGGAAUUGAAUGAAA